GAUGCAAGUGAGCGCGCGCUGGAUUUGGCAGGGAUGCAUACAGUAACGGACUUAGAACGGGCGGGGGAGGAGGAAGAACCGUGCGCCACGCGCGCACUAAAAGUGGCGCGAGAACGCAGGCAGUGUGCGCGCAAAGUUCUAGCCGUUUAACCAUCCAUUCUCCAGACCGUCCCCUGCAGUUUGAGCGGCCCGCUGCGCAGGGAGCAGGAGGCGGCGGCGGCGGAGACCGUUAGAGGGCAGCUAUGCUCGCUGCGCGCGCCGCCGCCCGACGCGCGCUUUUUUUCCAAGCAAGCCAUGGGUUUGCUGUGGUGGCCGCGGGUGGCGCUGGCGCUCGUCGCCUUGGAGGCCGCGAGCGGGCGCAGCUUCCCCAGCAUCAGGAACAGGACCUUCAUCAACCAGUAUCUCGACACCCACAACAACUACCGCAGAGGGGUCAAUCCCCCCGCUUCCAACAUGCUGUACAUGACAUUUGAUCUAGCUUUGGCUAGAAUAGCUAGAGCAUGGGCACAAAAAUGCAUUGUUAUGCAUAAUCCAACUGAUAUGGUCCACCCUGAUCCUAAAUUUAGGCCUUUUGGAGAAAAUAUAUGGGCUGUAACUGGCUAUAAAUACCCAUUUGAUCCUGCUGGCCCUAUUGAAGAUUUUUAUGACGAGGUAAAAUACUACACCUACAAUACCCACAAAUGUACACGUGUUUGUGGUCAUUAUACUCAGGUUGUUUGGGCUAAUACUUAUAAGAUUGGCUGCGCUAUUGUUCACUGUCCUGCGUCAACUAAUAGCAAAGGAGCCAAGACCAAGAAUUUUUCAUAUUUCGUUUGUACUUAUGGUCCACCGGGCAACUACGCGGGAGUUCGUCCUUAUAAAGCGGGAGCUCCAUGUAGCCAGUGCCCAAAAGGAGACACUUGUCAAAAGAAACUCUGCAGAAAUCCUGAACGUGAGAAAGAAAACAGCAUACGCUAUUCACGAUGGUAUCCACCCUUUGAAUCCCGGAUUAUAUGUGAUGAAUCCUGCAUUGCAGUUGCAAUUUUAAGACCGUUAUUAAUGUUUCUAGCUUUUGCAGCUGUUUAUUACUUAAAACUCUGUUAUCCAGGUUUAGGUUAUAAAGCAUAAUUUUUGAUAGGCGUAUAUAACUUGAAUAUAACUAACAAUAAUAUUUAUAAGAAUAUUUUCCUGCAUUUUAUAUUUUAAAAGUAGA